AUGGAGGCUUAUUGUAGACUCAUAGAUCAAUUGCAGGAAAUAGUGAGGGAAAACUUACAGAAAAUCCAGGACGUAUCUGCCAGGGGUCCAAAUGAUUUGAAUACGGCACCAGACGUAUCGAAGAGAAUUAUGAUGUUUGAAUCAGAUGCCAGAAAAAUAUACGACAAUCUCUAUAAGAGAAGUGAUGAAGAAGACAACGGAUGCAAGCCAUGGAAGAAAUAUCCUUACUAUUUUCAGACUGUAAACGUCUCUAUCCUAGCAAUGAAUAAAAUGUUAACACAUGCAAUAUCCGGAGGCUCGAUCGAAAUAAUGGGAAUGCUCCUCGGGUACCAUCAUGAAUCGCAACUAUAUGUCUUGGACUGUUAUCCUUUGCCGGUACAAGGUACAGAAUCUAGAGUAAAUCCACAAAAUGAUUCAUACGAAUUCAUGCUUGGAUACUUGACCAAAUUACAAGAAAAUGGUCUCAAGAAGGAACACGUAAUAGGAUGGUACCAUUCGCAUCCUGGAUUUGGAUGUUGGUUGAGUGGAAUAGAUGUCCAGACACAGAAAUUACAUCAGGGGUUCGAAGAUCCCUAUGUUGCGAUUGUAAUUGAUCCUAUAAAAAGCCUCAAAGAUGGAUACAUCAAUAUUGGGGCAUUUAGAACCUUUUAUGACGGAAAUAAACCAGAUACUACCGAAAGUUCGGAGCUAGGAUGGCAUUCCAAAGAGUACUACCCAUUGGAUGUUAAGUUAUUUGUCAAUGAAAAUGACCAAAUUUUAUUGGACUCGUUGGACGGUGGUCAACGAAGUUAUGCAAGUUUAACUGUGCCCCAUGAUGACAGAAAUGAUAAAUUGACCAGAAAUGAUGAUAGGUUUGAGCUGGAUUCAAACUAUGUUUCCUUGAAAGUAUGGAAGAAAAUGAAUUCAUUGUUGGAUUCGAAGAGUUUUGAAAACGAAAAAAAUUCAGUUGAAGAUGUAACUGAACAGACUUCAACUUAUAGUGGAGAUGUCAAGAUGGGAUUCAACGAACUCAUGACGGAUCCAGCUAGUUCAGCUCCAAGUGGUCACUUAAAUGCUGCAAAUAUUAAUGAAACUGUAGAUACACCUGACUUGGAAAAACUAAAUAUUGCCAAAACAGCUGUUGAAAUGGAUCUGAUUACAAUACAAGAGCUAAAAAAACUUUUGGUAAAGGAUGUACAGAAGAGAAUAUUUAGGUGA